AUGUAUGAUUAUAUUACAGGUUUAACAGACAGGAACAGAUGAAGGUAUUUCGCAAAUCCACUCAGGAAUGUAAUAUAUGCUUCGAGCAAAAUUUUGGCCACAACUUUUUCCUGCUUCCUGAAUGUGGCCACCAUAUAUGUAAGGAGUGUUUAGGUUCUCACUGUCAACUUUUGGUAAAGGAGGGAUCUGUUCUUCAGAUAAGUUGCCCUAUGUGUAAAGCAUUCAUUCCACCAUACAUACUGAAGGAAGUGCUAACAGAGGAAGAGUUUUCAAGAUUUGAAUCUUUGUCAUUAGUUAAAUCACUGGAGACAAUGGGAGAUGUAAAAUGGUGUCCAAGAUGUAAUAGUCCUGUGAUUGUGGAACCAGACCAAGGUUUGAAACUGGCUCAGUGCAUGGCAUGCUUCUUUACUUUCUGCACAGAUUGUAUGGAUAAAUGGCAUCAGGGUGAAAAGUGUAAAGGUGAUGAAGAUGUUUCUGAUGAAUUACCAGAAAUUGACGAGAAAGACGUGAGAAGAAAAGAGUAUAUAAUAAAGACACUUGAGCAGGAGCGACAGAAUAAGCACAGCAAAAUGUAUAUUAGAAAAAUGACUAAAAGAUGUCCGAAAUGUACAUCGCCUAUAAUGAAGACAGGAGGUUGUAAUAAAGUAGUAUGCACGUAUUGUAGUACAUCAAUGUGCUACAUCUGCGAGAAACAAAUUGAUGGCUAUAAGCACUUCGCCGAUUCUCCAAAAUGCAACACAUUUACUUUUGAAGAAGAUUUAAUUGAUAAUACAGAUAUAAGGCAGCCAGAACAUCACGGAUUUCUGCCAAUCAACGCAGCGGCACAACGUGUCCUGAGAAAUGCUUUACCCAAUACUACGGGAAAGCAGAUAAAUGACCGACUCAAGGAUAACCCGGAAUUACGGAAUCGAAGUUUCAGAUGCUCAGCAUGUAAGCAGGUCAAUAUUAAAGAGACCGCUAGCAAUCAUAUACAUUGUUGGAACUGUAAAGUGAGCGUCUGUUUUAACUGUAAACAAAAAAUUACGGGAACUGUGGGGAAACAUUUUGCUGGAAUAAAUUCGUGUCCACAACACACAGCCAUUUAGUUCAUGGAACUUUCGUCAUCACUGCCAAUAAUCUAGUG